AUGGAGGCAGCGAACCCUGGUGCUUAUCCUUCGAUGGAGUGGCCUUCGUCUCUGGACAUUCCGUUGAAGGCGUCAGAAGAAGUGGUCAGUAUCGAUUUGAAAACAGACUUACCUGAUGACCCUGCAGAUUUGAAAACGUUGUUGGUGGAGGAAGGAUCCGACAAGGAGCAUUGGUUGACUAUAGCGGUUGCUUAUUGCAACCAGGGCAAGACUCGCGAAGGGAUGAGGCUGGCAGAAAUGGCUCUUGAGACGUUUGAGAAUUCUGAGAGUGGUUCUUUACACACUUUCUUGACCUGGGCGCAUCUUAAAAUGGCGAAGGAACAUCCGUACGACGUAGAUGUGAAGGAACGCGAGCUCACUGAGGCAGAAGUUCAUCUAAAGAGUGCUAUUGGCCUCGAUCCUACUUGGAUCGGCAAUAUGUUGGCAACUAUUGACCUCUAUUAUCAGAGAGGACAUUACGAUAGAGCAUUAGAAACGUGCGAUUUGUUUGUCAAGAGCAUAUAUGCAGAGGAUCGUCGAACUGGCAGGACAUCAAAGCAGAACGCCUUUUUCCUCCUCUUGAGGGCUAAGCUUCUCUAUCAGAAGAAAAAUUACGUGGCAAGUUUGAAGAAUUUUCAAGAACUGCUAGUUAUAAAUCCAGUAAUGCAGCCUGAUCCUCGUAUCGGUAUUGGUCUCUGCUUCUGGCAGUUGAAGGAUUACAAAAUCGCAAUCUCCUCGUGGAAACGGGCAUUAGAGCUGAAUCCAAAGAAUGAAAAUGCGGCCAUUUUAGUUUUGCUUGGUGAUUUCCACACUUCACUAACGACAUCUGAAACCGAUGCGGCUUUCAAGGAAAGUUACUCGAAAGUGCUGUCUGAUCUAAACAAUUUGUAUGGCAAAGAUAAACAAAAUCCUGUGCUCCUGACGCUCUUGGAGAUUUAUUUUUUCCUUAAGGGCGACUACGAAAAGGUGAUUGACAUUUAUGAAUCCAAUAUUAAGGAAAGAUCCUCAUUACUAACAAGCACUGUGCUAUCCGAGGCUUUAUUCUGGUGCGGGAGAGCCUAUUAUGCCCAACAUGACUACCGUAAGGCGUUUGCCAUGUACCAGCAGUGUCUCAAACUGAACGAGGAUAACCUAUUGGCCAAGUUUGGUGUUGGACAGACUCAGAUCAAAAACAAGCUCGUGGAGGAAAGCAUUAUUACAUUUGAGAACCUGUUUAAAAGCUUCGAAAAUAUUCAAGAGCUAAAUUAUAUCCUAGGGCUACUAUAUGCAUCAAAGCAUUUCGAUAAGGGGGCUUCCAAGGGCUCAUCCGGAAGCGAUGCAAUGGUGCUCAACGAAAAGGCCAUUCAGUACCUGAGCAAAUACAUUAAGCUCACCUCGUCAAAAAAGAAUCAAAUCGUCGUUCCUAGAGCUUACUUAGUCAUUUCUCAGCUCUAUGAAGAUCAAAAUAACUACAAGCAGUCGUUGGAAUAUCUUUCAAAAGCGUAUGAGGAACUCAAAGCAUUGGAUUCUGCUGUCCCUCUUGAGAUUUUGAACAAUCUAGGUUGUUUCCAUUUCAUUAACGGUGAUUUGGCCACCGCGCGCCAGUAUUUCGAAGAGGCCAAAAAGAUGUUUAAGGAAGGAUCCGAGAUGACAAUCGGCUACAAUAUUGCUCGCACUCUGGAAUCUACCGAUGAAGCGGAAUCUAGGAAGAUGUACGAUCAAAUACUCUCACAGCAUCCAGGCUACGUUGAUGCACAAAUCAGAAGUCUCUUCCUGCAGUUAUCCAAUAAUGAUGCCGAUACUUCUGCGAUUGAGGAUACGAUGAGAAAGUUCUACAAAGCUAAUGAGUCUAACUUAGAAGUGCGUUCCUUUUACAGCUGGUUCCUGAAGAAAUGCAAGAAGGACAAGAAGAACGAUGAUCUAGAGACUGCGCAUAAUAAAGAGACUCUGGUUAAAUAUGAUUCACAUGACUUAUAUGCACUAAUUUCUUUGGGGAACCUCUACUGUGUCAUUGGAAGGGGGGAAAGGAAAUCACCAAAGCCCAAAGACCAAGAAAACGCGAAGCAGUCGUUCUUGAAGGCUGUUCAACUGUUCCAGAAAGUGCUGCAAGUUGACCCAUAUAACGUGUUUGCUGCUCAAGGAAUAGCCAUUGUAUUUGCUGAAAACAAGCGUAUUGGACCCGCAUUAGAGAUUCUGAGGAAGAUUCGCGACUCUCUCGACAAUGAAGACAUUCAUUGUAAUAUAGCGAACUGCUUAUUAGAGAUGCACGAGAACGCCAAGGCAAUCGAAACGUAUGAGUACACUUUGAAAAGAUUUGGUAAUCCACAAAACAAGUCCAGGCUGUUGAAUCUUCUGAGUAAAGCUUGGUUCUCAAGAGGAGUGCGAGAAAAGUCUUUUGAGUUUUUGAAGAAAGCGUUGAGCAACGCUGAAAUGGCAAUUGAAUUAGAAGUUCAGAGCCCCUCUGGCAAAUUUGCGGCCAUGCUGAAAUAUAACGCCGCGUUGCUACACUUCCAAAUUGCGGAAACGCUAAGACGAGCCCCUCCUAAGCAACGCAAAGUGGUUCAGAUAACCGAAGCCAUUACCGGCCUGCAGACUGCUUUGAAGAUUUUGAAGGAACUACAGACAUCGAAAGACUUCAACAUAAUACCGGAAGAAGAGCUAGAGCAGCGUAUCCAAUUGGGAGAAACGACUAUGAAGAGCUCACUGGAGCGCAUUGUCAAAGAGCAGAAGGAAUUCGAAGAGGAACAAGACAGGAAGCUGGAGGCGGCUCGUAAGAUCCUGGAAGAAAGCGAGAUUGAGAAACAAAGAAAGCAACGGGAAGAAGAGCAAGCCCGCCGGUUAAAAUUGGAAAAGCAAAAAGAGGAAUACAGAAAGCUACAGGAUGAAGCACAGAAGCUGAUACAGGAGCGUGAGGCCAUGGUCGCAGCAGAGGACGAAAAGGAACAAUUGAGUGACGAGUUGCCGGAGGAUGCCGAUCAUGCAAACGGCAAGAAGGGCACCAAGAAGAGAAAAUCCAAGAAGCGUGCCGAUGGUGAGCCCAAGAAGAGGCGCAAGAAGCAGGAAGCCGAACGUUCUACGGACGCCCGCGACUCGGCCGAUGAAGAGGACGAAACUGUGAAACCUACCGGCAGAAAGGCCAAGAAGGCCGCUCUGUCAAACGAGUUCAUCGAGGACAGCGACGACAGCGACGAAGCAGAGCUUGCCGCCGGAUCGCGCUCUGACGCUGCUACCAACGACGAUGAAGAAGACGAUCUGUUCUAA